ACUUUUAUCAAGUCAAAAGUCUCGUGCAGGGUUGCGGCACGGGCAAACUGUACAUUUCAUGUUCUCAGCUUAGGACAUCAUCAAUUCAAUCAUGUGUAUCUCAGAUGACGCAGGCAAUGACCAGCCUGCGGAAGAUCUAUGCUAGUGGGCGAGAUGAUGAAAUUUUCUCUGUUGGAACAUUCCCGGAGAUGAAGAUCAGAAUCAUGCACUGAUUUUUUCAAAUAAGUGGUGAACUCUGACAUUGCUGUGACCACACGUUUCACUGCUCACCUACGACCCACUGCUGAUCUGUACCUGGGGAGCCUCAGCUCAGUCCUCGCUGCUACCUAGCCGUCCCACUGCGCCGUUCCGCUGAGUGGUACCGCUGAGACCGCAGCCGUUCCGCUGAGCCGCUCACCCACCGCUCAGAGGCGAUGGGUAACUCUGACGAGACAGAGGUGUCGCCGCCGCUGGCCGAGUCCGAGGCGGCCGCGCAGGGCGCCUCGGCCAAGGAGGAGCCGCCUGCCUCGGCUGAGGUCACACUCAACAUCGUCUACAAGAAGCAGAAGCUGCAGGUGCAGGCAGCGCUGGAUGGUACCGUGGAGACGCUCAAAAAGCAGCUGCACCCGCUGAUCGAGGUGCCGCCCAGUAUGCAGAAAGUGAUGAUCCGCGGUCUGGCUCGUGACGACAAGACUCUGCGCCAGCUGGGAGUGACCAGCGGAGCGAAGGUCAUGGUGGUGGGUUCAACGCUCAACGACGUCCUCUCCGUGGCCAAACCGGAUACUAAGGCGGCGAAAGACGAAGCCAAGACGGAAGAGGCGGAAAAGGAAAAACUCUGUGAUAUGAAACAGCACAAAAAGAUCAUCGACAAAGGCAAACCGGACGAUGUGAUGCCCGGCAAGAAAAACGUCAACGAGCCUCUGCCGCCGACCCCCCUGUCGGGUAUGCUGAACCGUACCGGCGGCAAGGUCCGACUCACGUUCAAACUGGAGUGUGACCAGCUGUGGAUUGGUACCAAAGAGAGAACUGAGAAGGUAUCGAUGUCCAGUGUGAAGGCGGUGGUUUCGGAACCCAUCACUGGACAUGAGGAGUAUCACAUCAUGGGCGUUCAGCUGGGACCCACGGACGCCUCCCGCUACUGGCUCUACUGGGUGCCGGCGCAAUACGUGGCAGCCAUCAAAGAUACCGUGCUCGGGAAAUGGCAGUACUUCUGACGUGCCUGCGGCCAGCGCCGCCACUACUGCCUCACCCGGCCGGCCAGAGAUGGCGCCACCGGCGCGCCGCCCGGCCAGCCGCCGUUUUUAUACGUGACCGGGCCGCUCAGACUUAGAGCGUAGCCCGGGGAUAGCGGACGAGUCUUUCGCCGUUGGACGUAGGGAAGACGUGUCAACGGCUAAGUGGAUGUAUUGGGACACGCUAGGAUGGUGGGGGACGCAAUGGGACGUGCUGGAACGUGAUGGAACGUGUUGGGACGUGUUGAAACACGUUGGAACUUUACGGGGUGUUCCUGACGUAUUUGCGGUGGAUUGGCCGCGCUGGCUAUUGUGUUCCUGUGUGGUCACCCCACCAGGCAGACUGUCUCAGAGGGCAGACAGUGUCUGGGAGCGCAGACAGUGUCUGGGAGCGCAGACAGGCUGUCUGCGUCUGUGUCUGGCUGGGCUGUGGAACAGAGCAGUGUGUGCAGUGAGUGUGGUUUGCAAAGUGUCUCUACUCGCCGUGCAAACGGACUGCCACUUGCACUGGAGGAGCUGGGGGAACUUGAAGGACCCGGAGGAACCCGGAGAACUGGAUGAACUUAAGGCACUGCAGGACCUGGUGACCUGAAGCCCUGCAGGAACCGGGGGCGCUGGAGGAACCUGAGGCCCUGCGAUGUAGCCUGAAGCUCUGGAGGACCUGGUGCGCUGAUGCCUUGAAGGAUCUUUGGUAGCCUGAAGCCGUGAAAAACCUGGCGGCCUGAAAGGCAGAGGAAGCUGAAAGAAGUGAAGCCCCGCAGAUCUUGAGACCUGAUGCCCUGAAGGGUCUGAUGACCUGAAGAGUUGAAAGAACCUGAAGCCCAACAGGACCUGACGACCUGAAUUCAAGAAGGGUCUGUAUUUGUGGCCCGAAACACUGAAGGACCUGUUGUGGUCUGAAACCCUGAAAAGGCUGAAUGAAGCUGAAGUCCUGGAGGACCUGUGAGGAAGCCUGAAGAACCUGCGCUGACAGACUUUGUCAGGGGCCUGGCUGCAGUCGGUCCACCUCCAUCCGCGGCUAUUCAGUGAACGUCACCACCCGGCACCCAUGUGUGUGUCACAGCCACAGAGACUGCCACUCCCCUCCCACCAGGCGACACUGCGUGUCCCCACCUGUUGAACGACAACCAUGCAAACUGUAUACAAUCUGAACUCUGCGUGUAAAUGACCCUGUGUAUACUGAGCCUAUUUCACGGCUACCUUGUGCUGUGGUAUGGUCUGUUGGCAAUGAUGUGCCCAACUUUUUCACAGCCUGAAACUAGGCAGUGGGGCAUAUGUGGGAGGUUUCUUACAGCUGUGACUACAACAGCUCUGGGAGUUACUGAGGUUUUCUCAGCCCGUGCAUACCGUGCGUGACCCUCCUUCUCCCCCUCACAUUACGCUGUACUGGAAUGAAAGCAGCGGCGAAUACAAUGCGAGCCGUGA